GAUUUUAUUAUCAUACUAUUUUUUUUAUUAGGAGACUGAGAUUUCAAUAAAAACUAACCUCAUCUACCCUAUCUCACUGGCGGUCCUUCAGUAAAUUUGAUCUCGUAUUCAAAGUGCAACCCUUACAGUUACAAUAUAAAUGACAAGAUAAAAUAGAGGGAUUAAAAAAAAAAUAAAGAGGUAUCUGUAGUAAAUUGUGGAACACAUUUGCUAUGUCUUUCUGGCAAUCCUUUAGUGUUUGAAAAAUGGAAGCGUUUGCAAUUAUAAACAAAACCAAACUUACAAAAUAAAUAGGUGAUAUCUCUUGAACAAGCAACUGAACUACAUAGCUCUGUUUCACUGGCAGUUCAAGACAAUAUCUAAAAAUUUGAGAUGUUGACAUUAGAAAUACAAAAUAAAUAUGUCAGAAAUAAAUAAAAAUAAAGGAGGCUAUAGUAGAUAAACAAAACCUUAUUCUAAUGGCAGAUUGUGAUCCACGAGUUUCAGGUGAUCCUUACCUGGUCUUAAAAGUCUCGUCUUUAAUUCUUUCACCGCUGCUCUAUGGUUUUAUUCAUCGUCUAAUUUGACGUAGGUGUUUAUUUAAAUAUUUGGUUCAAACAGGUAUACGAUCUACUUUUUUUUUUUUUUUUUUAAACAGCGGGGAAAGAAAAUAACAAGGGUGAAAUUUCUAUUUAAAAAGCCGGCGAUAAAAAUCAGCACAUCCCAAGAGAAAAUUUGAUUUUUUAUUAAUCUGUACACAGAUGUGUGAAAAUCUAAACCCAGCUGGCGGACGCAAGUAAUUGUACUAGACGAGUCAGAACUUCCAGUCGUGUGAAAGUGGCCGGGCGUUAGACAUAGACAUGGAAACCAGUCGUCACUCUGUGCACUUCUUUCGGGCCGUGCUGGAGGGCGUGCAGCGCGCGUGCCGCGAACACAUCGCGUAUCGCGAUCACAUCGAGGUCAGCGGCUACCUGGCCGUUGAGAUUGACGACAUGCGGAAGGAGCGCUACAUCAUCAGCGAGCUCAUGCACGCCGCCGGUAGCAUCAUGAGUGAAAGCUACUGCACCAAAGUCUUCAACACUAAGCCAGCUGUACCCGCCAUGCACCAGACGCCAGGCAUACCGCCCUCCGAGUCGCAGCAUCCGCAGUCGGCUUCAUCUUCAUCUUCCUCGGUCGAUCAUGGUGUGAGAAUGAAGUUCGAGCUGCAGGAGGUGAGCGAUAACGAAGUAGAAUUCAAACUCGAAUCCUGUGAUCUCACUCGAGAAAUCCUAGCUGACCCAGAGCCAAGGGAAAAUCGAAGCACAGGGGGAACGCUGAAAGAACUUGCUGCUUCUAGUGCCGUAACCUCUUCUUCCGCUUGCCCAAGCGACAAACAUUUCCCCACCAAAUCCACCACUAGCUUUACUGGUAGAGCCGCAGAGCUGGAUCACCUGCAGGCACUGCACGAUUCCAUUGUCAAAGACGCUGGUAGGAGCAAACAGUUAUGCGGCUAUUCGGCCAGACAGAAGGAUCCUGUGGGGAAUCAGCUGACCAAAGCACCACCAUAUUCCGGCGCGGUGGCAGCCCAUUCCACUGGAUCUGAUCAGGUCUUCAGGUCCGGCUCACUCGACCACGCAGAGGACGACGUGGUGCAACUCGAGCCUGAUGUCAUGAAGGGAGUGCGAAGUCUACAGGAGGUUGUUCCGGUGGGGCAGCCUUGGUCUGUAACCAAGGGUCGACCAGAGGGCAGCCUAGGAAAACGCGUGGUGGACAUGGAACUCCAGCCUGGUCCUUCUAAACGAGGCAGAAGCAGCGACAGAGGGGGUCGAGCAAUCGUCUCCCCGUCGUCAGCAGCAGACGACAACGGAGUGGGUCCGUCGUCUGGCGCAGGGGACAACACGGAGACCAGCUUCAUUUCCGAUGGCUUUAACGAAGACGACAGCAACGACUGCAUCAUCGUCCCCGAGUGGCCAGAAGAACGGCAGCAGCAACAUGGCAAUAGACUUCAACAGAGUAGCCUUGCACAGGCAGGAGUCGCUCAGAACUAUGCUUCGCUCGUUCGACUGAGCAAUAACGCUCUGGUGAACUUCGACCCUCUAGCUUUAGGAACCCGGUCAGCGGUGACCCUGGGCCAGACACUAGCCUCCAAGCACACGCUCCGAAAGACACGAGGUCACAUGCAGCAGUUCCAGCGCUUCCUCAGUCAACAUGGCGACGCGCGACCCAUGGCAACGAUCCCUCCCAGUGAGCUCGACCCCUUUCUGGGCGCCUUCUUUUCUCAGUUGCGGAAGGAUGACGGAGAGGAAUACGACCCCGGGUAUGUACGGAACAUCCAGUCGAGCCUAGAGCGCUACCUGCGGUUCAAAGGUUAUGCCUGGUCCAUAGUGCGCGACCCGGAAUUCGCAGGAUCGCGUGCAGAGCUUAAAUUCAAGCAGGAGCGCCUGUUCUCGCAGGGCAGGCCGGAAGGGACCAGCGCCAUGACAGCCAGGGACAUUGAUGUCUUCUUUGAGCGAGGCCAGCUGGGCACGAGCAGCCCGGAGAGCAUCCUCAACAGCAUGUGGUUCAUGGUCAACCUCUACUUCGGACCCAAAGGAGUCCGCGAGCACGCCAACAUGGUGUGGGGCGACAUAGUUCUGGAUCGAGACGAGAGUGGCACGGAAUUCCUGCGCUACACUGCUCUCUCAGGAAGCUCUGACCUUUCCCGAACACGCAUCCGGGUCGUGGCCAAUCCAGCCAAUCACAAUCGCUGCUACGUGCACAUCUACAAACGCUAUCGUGAUCUCCGACCUCCGAACACCUUUCACCCGUCUUCGCCAUUUUACUUGGGACUGAACCAGUUCGUGGAGGACGCUGCAGGCGCAGGGGUGUACCACUUCCGGGCCACGUCCUUGAGCACCUAUCGGCUGGUCGGCAUCAUACGUCGCAUGAGUAUCGCCUGCAACAUGGCGGACCGGAAGCUGAGCAAUGUUAGCUUCAACAGCUUUGUCAUGCAGCUUCAUGACAAGGGCCUCCUACCAAUGGCUACGACUGAGCCAUCAGGAGUUCCUACCCCUGCAGACGGCCAAAUAUAGAAUAAAAAUGAAUCAAAACAGGAACAUUACUCCUAACUGUGUGUUAAAUGUCUGUGUGAGUAUGUAUGCCUGCCCUUGUGAGCGAAGAAAAAUUUGUCCUGGGUCUCCUCGACAGACCAUAAAGUCUGAUUUGAUUUGAUUUCAAAAUUUACCUUGUGUGCUUGAAUGUUUAUUAAGAUAACGAAUGAACUAAUAAAA